UGCACAUACUCAUACAGGCCACGUUUUACAGGAAAUUUGCUCGAGCUAGGGUUCAAGAAAAACAGCAAGUUGAAAUGCCCUUGUCUCACUUGAAUGUAUGCCUAGGACUCCAAAGAACACGAGAGAGGACAACAGCUUAUUUCCACUAUGGAGCAAACUGGAACCACAGAAAGAAUGACCACUAUGGACACCACUAUGAACUUUAAUAGCACUGAUAAUUAUUAUGAUUACACAGAGCCUUGCUCUCAUGAGUCUGCGUUGAACCUGACGUUCAUGGUUACCAUCUUCUACCUGGUAUUUGCCCUUGGACUUCUGGGUAAUGGUAUGAUUUUGUGGAUGUUGCUGAAGAUCAUGCGCAUAAAAACCAUGACAGAUGUGUGCCUGCUAAACCUGGCAAUUUCUGACCUGAUCACCGUGCUCUCACUGCCUUCGUGGGCGCUUUACUUCCAGAAGAAUUUACUUAAUUCUAAUGCCAUGUGCAAACUCAUGGUUGGUACCUAUCAACUGGGCUUCUACAGUGGCAUACUUUUUGUGAUGCUGAUGAGCCUUGACCGCUACAUGGCCAUCGUCCACGCAGUGGCAUCUUUAGGAACACGGACUUUGCGUUACGCCAUUACUGCUAGCCUUGUCAUCUGGACCAUCUCUUUCUCCGCUGCACUCCCAGGGGCCCUUUUCCACAACAUGAUCAAAGAUGUGGAUAACAACACACAGUGUGAUUGGGAUGUCAAAGAUGGAUCAGUCAGGACGUGGAAGCUGUUCCUUAAUUUUAGCCAAAAUACAGUAGGGCUCUUUGUCUCACUGCCUGUCACAAUCUACUGCUAUGUCAGAAUCCUCCUAGUGCUAAGGAGAACAAAGAACUCCAAGCGAGGACGAGCCAUGAAGUUAAUUUUCGCCAUUGUUGCCGUCUUCGUGGUCUUCUGGGUACCAUACAACAUAGCCGUAUUUCUGAAGACCCUGCAGGACUUGGAAAUUGGUGAUACCUGUCAGAGCAAUCAACAGGUAUCUAUCACCCUGAAUGUGACUGAGACCAUUGCAUUAACCCACUGUUGUGUGAAUCCUGUAAUCUAUGCUUUUGUUGGAGAAAAAUUCAGGAAAUGUCUGGCCAGAGAGUUUUCAAAAUGGCUACUUUGUGCAAAGUUUUACAAACCAGCAUCGACGUAUUCGAAAACCUCAGAAAAUGAGACAUCCAACACACCUGUAUAAGAGAACUGUUUUUAUAAUAUCUGUAUAUAUAUGUACGUAUUUGUGUAAAUGCCAGAGGAUAUAGAAUCAGAGGUGACUUGAAUUAAACUGUACAUACUUCUUUUAUCUACAGUAAAUCAGUUAGUAUAUUAGGGUAGCAUUGCCGACUCACAACUCCAGAGUGCCUGGUUCAAUCCUGAGCUUUGGCUGCUGUCUGUGUUUUUUGUUCUUCCCAUAUCUUCCUGAGUUCUUUGUUUUCCGCCAGCCUUCCAAACCCACACUGGUACGUGCCCUGAGCUGGACUGCUGUCCCAUUAAGGGUGUAUUCCCGCCCUGCUCCCAGCCUUCCCAGAAAUCACUCCAGAUCCACUGCAACCACAACUAGAAUAAAACAGUUACUAAAGAAUGUUCUAAUGUUUGCAAAUAUUAGGUCUUACUACAUUAGUAUUAUAUUAUAUUUAUUAUAUUAAUAAUACCAGAGUCAUAGGAAUACUAAAACGUGAUGGUAAUUUUGUUUGAUUUAGUUCUUAAGAAGAUAUAGAAGCUAUAAGACCUAAGACCCCUUAGUUUUCCCUAAGACAAUUCUUGUGAAUUAUGAGAUAAUGAUAUAUACCCCAUACCAAAUAGAACAUUACAGAUAUUCUGUCAAAAACAGAAUCAUCCACUAAAUUUAAGUUCUAUAAACAUAAUGUACCACACUGAGGGUUCAAGUUUCAGUGACUCCUUCAUUAUCUGGUUGAAUGAUGGUUUAUAUAUUAAUUAUGUAUAUGACCAAU